CAGCAGCAGUAGUAGCAGCAGCAGCAGCAGCAGUAGCAGCAGCAGCAACGGGGCCUCCUUAAUGCGGUUUUUAUGACGCCGUGUCUGGGUAGCAGCAGCGCCAGCAGCAGCAGGACCAUCGUCUCCGCCUCGAGCUAAAGAGUAAACACACAUCCGAGGCCGCGGAUUGAUCCAAGACACCGGCAUUGAUGGUAAUGCAUGCGAGGAAACCACAAAGGAUCAACGAUGGGUACUUCGAAAAGCAUCAGGCCCAUCCCUAUCAGCUACGCCGGAGAGGAGGAUCCCCGCGUUAACGCCGAGACUAGGCCGCGCAGCGAAAUGAAAUAGAUAAAGAGCCGAAAGCCAGAGAGUGCACUGUGCAGUAAGAAGAAGCGAGCAAGGAGUCGACGCAAGUUGAGACACUAUAGACACAGAGAGGGAGAGAGAGACGGAGAGAGACGGAGAGAGAAGAGUGAGCUCGACGGAGAGAGAGAGAGAGAGAGAGAGAGAGAGAGAGUGAGAGAGAGUGAGAGAGACUCUCGUGAGCUCGAGCGAGCUCAGCUGGAAGUCGGGGACGUUCGCGGGGAUGCCGUCAUCGCCGUCGGCCGCGACAGCUGCAGCAACAUCAACGGCGAAUCGGCCGCGUAAACAUAACCUCGUUAGCAGCGGUGGCGGCAGCGGCGGCUCUUCGUCCGGCUGCAGAGGAAAAAUCAAUAACCCACAUAUCUCUUUGCUCCGGGCAGUCCGGACUGCUUCUGCUGCUGCUGUUGUUGCUCGUCUCCGUGGGAGCCUCUCGUCGAAGCGAUGUCUUGGAGACACUGCCAAAGUCGCGCGACCGCCAACGACGACGAUUAUCCUCUCAUAAGAAAUGCCAAGUACAGCGGUUCUAAGGGUGGCUACUCAUCAUCGACCACGUCAGAUAGCAGGUAUGAAGGACGAAUGCGCGACUCGCCCAAUGGCAACUCAUACAGUCCUGCUGGGGGAUUGGGAAUCGGAAUGGGAACAGACCGAGACAGUCCACGCAGCUACUCUACUAAGCCUCUAUACAAGAAGGAGAGAGAAAAUAGAGACUACAAGUUGUCCUCCUCUAGGGAUAAGUAUUCCGAUUGUGCAAGAUCUCCAAAAGACAAGAGAAGUCGAGAAUCUAGGGAUUCUGAGCACAGGACCAAUCACGACAGGAGCAGUGGAGAGAUUUUGCAUCCAAUAAAACUAUCUUCAAAUUCAUCAAGAGAUUCUUCUCAACGAAAACCAACCCAUAAUUCAUGUCAGGAUAAGCGAGGCGACGAGCGGGGCGUGAUGGAACGAACAGCGAGAUUCGGGGACUGGUCAGAACACAUGAGCUCCUCAGGAAAAAAGUAUUACUACAAUUGUAAAACUGAAGUGUCUCAAUGGGAAAAGCCACGAGAGUGGAUUGUUCGAACGGAUAAUCGUCAGCGCCAAUCCAAUGACUACUCAUCGUCAAGGUCAAGUCACGACAAACAUUCCAACUCACGGUCGAACAGCGGCAGCAGCAGUAGCAACGCACGGGAUGGCGGCAGCGGCAAGUCGUCCUCGCGGCAAUCCGACAAACGAGGCGGCGAUUACUGGAGCGGCCCUGGCGGCAACAGCGGCAGCAGUCGGGAGGAAGUGUCGUCAUCACGGGAUCGGGAUCGCGGUGACAAAGAUACGGGUGUUAGUGUUGGCAGCAGUAGGGAGCAACGGGAGCGAGAACGCGACCGCGACCGGGACCGAGAUCGGGAUCGUGACCGGGAUCGGGAUCGGGAUCGAGACUCCUGUAGAGACGAUGGUAGUGGUCAAAACCAGUCGCAAGCUUCGGCUGCUGCUGCGGCGGCAGCGGCUGCUGCUCAACAAGCUGCCCAGGUGCAGGAUCGGACUACCCAGGACAUGGAUAUUUCGCCAGGUGAUUCUACACCUACCUCGGAGACCAUUACUACGUCCAGCGUUCAUGAUCCACUGCCACAGGGACCCGUGCUUUUAGCGAAUGCGUUACCACGGCUUUCGUCACACCCGACAUCAGUGUCGCAAGUUCCAGGUAAACUCGGCUCGCCGACACAACAACACGGCAACAGUAAUGCACCUGGGCCACCGGUUUCGCUCUCAAAUCUUCCUCGGCUUUUAUCGCAAAUAGCAGGCAGUAAAGAGCAGCCUGAUGCCCAAAAAGCCCUCCAAACCAUUCAAACGGCCAUCCUUCUCUCGCGACAAUCAGGAGGAGACAGAAGUAGCUGUUCAAGCGACGUUAUGGCUCCAUUGAAAGUGGAUACAAGCAGUAACGUUACUGGUGAAGGACCUCCUACGCCAACACACUCUGAAACUCAAGAUUGUAUAGACGCUCGAAAGUUGAACAGUCCUGGAAGUGCAAAUAGUGUUGUACAAGGUAUAAGUUCCCUUCAAAACAUAAGUACUCUGGGCACCUUAGGAAGCCUAGGUAACGGCGGAGGUCUUCAAGCACUUUCCCGAGUGCAACCACCCUUAACACCCUCACUGACACCUUCACUCGCUAAUCAUUAUCGAGAGGACUUGACGCAGCACGUGCGCGCCUUCCCUGCGGAUAUCCUCGAAAAACAGGCGCAAAAAUUAAGCGAAGAAGCACAUACUAUGGGCAGUUUACAGUGCACACGAGUUUCUGCAGAACUAAAAACUGCUCGGUCGAUAGUGAGGCUAACAGAAAUUCAAGCGACACUACAGGAACAAAGGAUAUUAUUUCUUCGUCAACAAAUUCAGACGCUAGAAGAACUGAAAUCCCAAAAUUCCUUUAUGUCUGACGAUUCUUAGUGUAAGAGACUUUAUAAAAAAUAAUGAUAACGAUAAUAAUAAUUACGAGCUAUAAUUAAUUCAUGCAAACAGAAAAAAAAUAAAACAUACUUAUUAAUAUUCUCAUUAAUAUUGAAUAAUUAAAAUUGUACCUAAAUUAUAAUAUCAUGAAAUAGGAGUGAUAUACAUAGCGAAUGAUUGGUGGGGUUAUUACCCAGAGAGGAUGUCAACCAAGUCUUAUAAUUGAUAAUUAGUGAAUGUCCCUCCCUGGGUCACACGGGGCCUAUUUCAGUCUACGCCAUUCGUGACGAAUGCAGUAAAAGAAAACAAGAAGUGAAAACAUAUAAUUACGCAAUUGCGCGCGAUGCUCGCAUCAAGUGAUUAGGGAGACGUAAGAAGUAAUAAGAGGAGUGAAGUGAAUUUAACUUCAUUGGUUUGAUUCCACUUGUAUUUCAACGAUGAAUUGUAUAUUUGAACUGUUCACAAUUGUCUUGUAUUACCUAUGUUGUACGUGUCAAUGUUUCAUAUCCAGCGCAAAAAGCGACAUUUUAAACUAGUUCGAUCGGUUUUGUUGUAAAUCUCGGAAUAAAAUUCAUGCCACAAGUUUUAAAAAAAAA